UGCUGAGAGGGUGUGAUAGAAGUUUCCAUUUGGAGAAAGAGAUGGAUAUGCACAGAGAGCGACCUACGGGAGCAGAGACAUGUGCUUCGCUUCGAAACAUGCUUUCUUGCUUAGUGGAUGGAUUACUGUAACUCAUCUGAUUCGAAGAUGAACUUGACUCUUUGGCUGCUCGUUUGUGGGGUUUGCUUUGUGACUCAUUAUCCUUUGGUGGUGGCCUACAAGAAACCACCGUUUUGCGAUCAAGAUGGCGAUCCCUUUUCUUUCCUUUGGACCAUUAAGCGCAACCCUCCUUCCUAUUUAUUUGGUACAAUUCAUGUACCUUAUACUAAAGUAUGGGAUUCCAUUCCUGAUAACGCCAAACAAGCCUUCGCCAUCGCCACUCAAGUCUACUUUGAGCUGGAUCUCGUGAAUCCAACCACCGUGUCUGCACUGUCUUCCUGUCAAAUGCUGCCUCACGGCAAGAACCUCUCUGAUGUCCUUCCUGGGGAUUUGUACUCUCGUCUGAAGAGGCAUCUGGAGUACGUGCGUGGCAUGAUGCCGCAUUGGAUGACCAAGGACCAACGAGGCAGAGGGUUGUAUGCGGACUACUUGUUCAAUGCCAUUGCAGGUAAUUGGGAGAGAAAGAGGCCUGUCUGGGUGAUGUUGAUGGUGAACUCCCUGACUGAAAGUGAUGUGAGAUCAAGGGGUGUUCCUGUGUUGGACUUGUACCUAGCUCAGGAAGCAGAAAGGUUAAAGAAAAAGACAGCGGCUGUUGAAAAAGUGGAAGAGCAAUGUUUGCCACUCAACGGACUGAACUUUUCGCAAGUACUGUUUGCUUUGAACCACACUCUUCUGCAACACGAAUUGCGAGAAAGUGAAAUGCAUUCUUCUUACACCACAGAUGAUCUUAUCCGGCAUUACAACUGUGGUGAUCUCAACUCAGUGGUAUUUGGACAGGAUACAGCACCCGUGCCCAACCUCUCCAAUAACUCUUUAUCAGAAGAAGACGCCGCGCUGGCCCGGAACAUCGAUCUCUACUUCCGGCAGGAGCUCAUUUAUAAUCGCAAUAAGAGAAUGGGCAGUAGAGUGGUGCAGUUAAUGCAACAGCAUCCUGAUCAGAGUUUGUUCUUUGCCUUUGGAGCAGGUCACUUCCUUGGCAACAACACAAUUCUGGACUUUGUGCAGGACCAUGGAUUUGAAGUAGAACAUUUAUCGGUUCAUGCUAAAAUACCAAAAGGUAAAUUCUCGAAGAGCCUUUCCAAUUCCGAAGGUGUGAAGUCAAGCCAAAAACUAAAUGAUGCUAUGGAUUCAAAUUCGAGGAAGGGUCAGGGUCGUCGUUCCAGUCGCCAUCGAAUCUCCGGCAAUACCUACCAAAGACCUGGGUAUCCACUGAAGCGUAUUUUCGAUACGAGCACCCAGCCUUCUGCGACGACGCAAAGGUCCAGACGUUUUAAUGACUUGUGGGUCCGCAUGGAUACUUAUGGAAAGAAAUUUAUCCACAUUGGAAGCAGUUCGAGCAAAGAAAGUCAAAUUCCUCAGCAAGCAUUCCAGAAAUGGUUUCAGAAAAGUCAUGAACAAGAUCAUUUGGUAGCUGGUGGUUCCAGGAAUUUCCCUGCAUGCAAUUUACUACAAGUGUUUGUCUGCUUAUUUGUAUUUCAUUAUUACACUACAUUCCAACUCAUUUCGUAUAUUGCUGUUUUGACUGGUAUAACUUGAAUUAAUUUGUCCAAUUAAAUGUAAUUCUUUUUUGUACACGAGGUCGCCUGUAAAAAUUUCAUCAUCUCACAAUUACAAAUGAACCAAUCAUUCAAGCACUUUGUAAUCUGCGCUAAGAUGAAUUGUACUGAAUAUUUCUACAAGCCAAAUUAGUGACCAUAUAAUUAUUGACUAAUAAAACUUGCCUGUAAACCUAGUUUAGUAAAGCAUACUUUACACUAACCCGAGAGCAUAUAAUGGUAAACUGCCAAUAAUAAUCAGCAUGCUUGUAUGAGAAAAAAUGAACAAAACAGAAAGUUGGGUAGAAUCAUUGUCUGUGCUAUAUGAUAAUUUUUUUACAACAUAUAUGAUUCUCCUAAUAUGCUUGUUUUAAUUCUUUACUGAUUAUUUAAUGGUAUAAAUAGAUUAUUGAAAACUCUUUUUUCCCUUAAUUAUAUUAUUUUUGUGUUUUCUACCUAUUAAUUAUCCCAAUAUUGUUUAAUACAAUAAAGCUUCUCAAGAAUGGCAGUAUGUAAAUGGAUGAUUUGUGCUUACAUCUUUGAAAACUUUACAUUCCAGAAAAUUUUGAAAGAAAUCAUUAAACAUUGGAGAUCAAUUACUUUCUUUCAAUACUCUUUACAAUGGAUGCAUUAAAAUUCUUUAGAGUUUAUAGCACGAGUUCUUACAUAUCAUACUUUAUUUUCAAUUGUUUUUAUUUUUUAAA